CGCGUUCAGUUCAGUUCGUCGCGAGCAGCUGAGAGCGUGAGGUCGUUUUCCGAAAACUUCGUCACAAUCUCCCCGUUUUCCGAGGUUGUUAUUGUUGUUGUUUUCGAGUGUGUAUGUGUGUGUGCCAACCAGCUGGAAGAGGCAGCCAGUCAGGAAGGAAAAAAAGGUCGCAAGAGGAAAAUUUUUGCGUCGUCGAUUUCGCUGGAUUGAACCAGAUCGAAGAAAAUAGUGAAAAUUUCGGUGCCGUUGCCCGCUCGUCGUCGGAAAAACUAAAUCCGUCGGGAAAUUCCGUCCUCGGCCAGGAAUAGGUCGAGCACACGCAGUUUUUUUUCUCGUCUUCCUGUAGGGGCCAUUUUUAGAACCUUCCCGUCCCGUCCAAACUCCCCGACAGAGAGGAGAGGUGGGAAAACAGACCAGGAAAAGUCAUCAACCAGAAUUUUCCUUUGUCGUGUCACGGGUACGACGGCGGAGUGCAGCAAAGUCUUCGGUAACCGGCCAACAAAAUAGUGUGUCAGUGAAUUUGCGCUUUUUUUCGGGCCGCACAAUCCCGUUGAGCCCGCGCAAAGCGGUUAUUAGAUUGCGAAAGUUGCCCAGCUGAUUGGGGGGAAGAAAAAGACGAAGAAACCACACGUGGAGGUGCGAGGACCAAUAGCCAAGCAGAGCCGACAACAACAACAAACCCAACUCCAACCAGCAGCAUGCCGUUCAUCUCCAAGGACUGGCGAUCACCGGGCGAGGCCUGGGUCAAGACCGACGAGGGCUGGGAAAAGCUCAAGGUGCUGGAGUGUGUCAAGCGGAAAAGAUGCAUCUCCGAGUGCAGCAGUUCCAGUGACACAGAAAUCGACAAUGAAAACAGUGACACCGACAUCCCGCCGCACUGCCACAUCACGCUCAAGUGCACGCGCGAAAUUGCCGGCUUUAACGGUCUGGGCGAGGCCGUCCGGCGGCUCGACUUUCGCUCUUCCGUCCGCGACGGGCGCCGCUUCAACUACGUGUGCGCCCUGCUGCGGCUGCUCGUGUCCGGCAAGGGCAUCACAAGUCUUCCGGGCGGGGCCCAGCGGCUGCUGCUGCAGAUGCUCGAGGAGGUGGCCACGUACGUGAGCGAUUCCCAGCAGAACAUCAACGUGCUGCGGGGGCUGGUGCAGCAGCUGCGAUCGCUCGUCAACCAGGAGAACCAAAAGUGCUGGGGCAAACCGCUCGGAAGUCAGAGCCUGUGGGAGGGCCACGUGCAAACCAUCCAGCGGAUCCAAAACAUUGCUAGUCAGAUUCAAAUCAGGGAGCCCGGUCCAAACAUUCGCCCAAAGCUACACGACCUGCCAGAGGAGUGCGUGCGGGAGAUCAUCCUCAAGCUGACCGACUACAAGGAUCUGGAAUCGUCCGCGUCGGCCUGGUCGCUGAUGGCGGCGCUCAUCUCGGAGCAGCGCGUGUGGCGCGAGCUGUCGCACUACCACUUCACCAAGCAGCAGAUCGACGUCAUCCUGGACAAGAUGUGCCUCCAGGACACGAAGGAGCGCCACCGGAACUGGCAGGCCAUCUACCACGCGCUGCGAAAGAUGUACGGCGUCCCCGAGGAGCUCCAGUACGCGGAAAUUCUCGCCUUCUGCCGGCUGUGCCGGUGCCUGUUUUGGCCCUCGGCUGGCCAUCCCUGCAUCGUGGACCAGGACCCGGACAUUCGGCAGCGCAUCCGCGAGGCCGGCAACGCCGAGUCCAUCGAGACGCAGCCCGUUCCGCCGGCCCAGUUCCUCAAGUACUUUUCGCUGUAGAAAGGGGGUGGGCGGUGUUGUUGGUUUUUUCAGUGUUCAAGGAUUGGGGAGCCGUGGUCAGAGGUUGAAACAAACAAUAAGCAUUAACAAACAGAGAGCAGCAUCACGAUUUUAUUACGUAGCAACAGCAGCAACAGGAUAUAAUACAGAAGAAAGCAUUAUAUUUUUGAAGCCGUUUCAGGACGCGCGGAUAUUGCUCUUUACGCAAAUCAAACACAAAAACACACAGACAUACAGAUACAGAUUUAACAUCGACCUGCUCAGCGCUAAUUAGUGAGAGAGAAAGACGUUGCUUUUUGUUCGUGAGCAAACAAUCGAAUUUUAGUAGCUUCUGAUAAGAGAGCGAGUAAUAUACAGCAUGAAUCGUGUCAGAUUUGAAUUUAUUACGGCAGAGAAGUGAGAGUUAGAGAUCAGAUCGUAUUUACACUAAUCCAGUAGAUUACCAAUGUAUGCAAUUGAUAGCCAGACUUCUCGUUUUGGAUAUUUUCGGCGCUGUUGCAAUAGGGGAAUCUUUUGCGUCUAAUCAUUUGAGUUGUUCUUAAUACAUUCACGCGCAUAACUCAACCUCUUAGAAACAAUAAAGAAAUCGUACGUAAAAUAAAACAAUAUUCAAAACCGUUCGAGUAUUUGUGAUAUCUUUUCGAUUCGAUUCGAGAUUGCGUGCAAGUCUUUCCUGCGACAAAGAACCAUCGCAGAUUGCGUAACUUCUCUAGACUACAUUUAAAUUUUAAUUAAACUGCAACAAAAAACAAAAGCAUAAUAUGUGAUAAAUGAGCAAACAAGAGAAAUCUCUUUAAAACAUACACAACAAAAAAGAAGUUCUAUUCUGCGAAUCGCGCAACGAUUUUCAAUUGAAUCGCGAUUCCGGAAGUGUUUUUUUAAAACGCAGAAACAUAACUGCUCUUCAUUUUGGACGUUCUUUUUUAAACUCUAAUCUAUUUGUAUCUAUAUGUUAUAUAGAAUUGAACUGAAUUAUUCUUAAUCUAAUCACGUCGUCGUCGUCGUAGUAAAAAUCAAAACUUGUUAUUGAAACUUUUUUUUUCGGAAAUCCGUUAGGUUAGUUUUCGAAGCGAUUGCAUUCAACAAAUCAAGUUCCUUUUUACGUAAAAACGAGCCCAGCAAAAAAAAGUAACGGAAAUUCAAAUAGUCAAAUAAGCCCCCAAAACGGAGGUAAAAACAAGCCAAUCAUCAAAUACCAAUAGUGUUAAGUUGUGCUCUUGAUUUCAUAAAUUUCACAAAACAUCACACCUUCACAUAAGCAUUGUACCGAUAAGUAAGUGUCCAACAGAGAGCACCCAAUAAAAAAAAACACACAUUCAGACGGGAAUCGUUCGUUUUUUCUACGUUAUUGUGUAAUAGAAGUGGUAGAAUUUAAAUGAAACAAUAUCAAACACAGACACACACACACCAAUAAAGAAUAUCCCUAGAACUAGUGAGCCAAUCAUUAUUGCUGCGCUAACCGUCGGUUAUUGGUUGGGCAAUCCCGAACAGACAGAUGAAGAAGAAGAAGAAUUCAAACAAACGAUGACAGCUAAUUUAACAUGGUUCAGAAAAGGUUGAAAAGAUUGGGACAAGCAAAAAAUGUUCGUUGAAACAAGAAUGCAAGCUAGAGAGAUUAAUAAAUAGUAAUUUACUAUGUAUUUCGUUUAUCAGAAAAAUACAAUAUAAAGAUAAAUAUAUUUUAAAUAUAACAUGAAAA